AAUGACAGUUCUCAAUGCAAUUGAAAUUGACAAAUAUAGAUGUUUUACCUGUACUGCCAUGAAUCAUAACUUACAACUCACGAGUAAGAAGAAUUGCAUAUUUGUACAAGACCAUGAAGUUCAUUGGAAAGAGAGUAAAUCUCCAGAUACUAUCUCAAAGACAAUUGUGGAAACUCUUGGAUCAAACCUUACUUUAAACUGUCCAUAUACAUACCUUGGAAAACAAUCUGAUAUAAAGAGGUCAUGGUUUUUUGGCGAAACUUUGCUUACGACAAAGAAGAAGUCCGGUAGAUAUGAUUUUCCCCUGUCAAUUAUUAAACAAUUUCGUGCAAGAUUCGAAAAGCCUUUCCGUAAACCCUUUGUUUAUAUUAAGAAGAAAACGAUGUCAAUAAACUCUGUUGAUCAGUACUUUACGGGAAUAUACAAAUGCGAGGUAAAAAAUAAGAGAUCUAAUAAGAAGCUGACGUACAUCUACGAUGUCCAGAUCGUAGCACCCCAUAUGACAUCUCCGGUAUUUACUCAUGCAAGUCCAAACACAACGGUAAAGGUUGGUGGACGUUUUGUAUUAACAGUAGAUAUAUGGUCUGAUGACCAUCCUCUAGUUCGAUGGUUUCACAACCCAAAAACGGAAAAUUUCGAAAAGGAGAAACCGUUCAAAAUGAACGAUAUUAGCGAUACAACUCCUCUAAAACAUGUCGUGGAGAAUGCAACGUUGAGUGAUACUGGAAGAUACGUUGUUGUUGCUAGCAAUAAUAUGGGUAGUCGGAUGGUGGAGAUGUUUGUUAAAGUUGAGAAUUUAACAACACCUCGAGCUGUUAAAAUUGAACAAAGCGUACAGAUAUCACGAUAUCCGUUCUAUAUUGUAUUUAUUGCUGGUGGAAUUCUACUUAUUUUUUCAUUCGCUUUCGUUUGGUACUUUUUCCAACAUAAGCGUGUUUACACUACAAUGAAACAAAUUGUAGUAAUGAGACCCAAUCACGUCUAUCAGGUUACCGAUGAAUUUAACCGUAACCUAGUGAACGAUGUUGUUGUUUCAUUACAACCUCUAACAAGGGCCCAGUGGAUGAAAAGGAAAAAGAAUGCCCUAUAUGGAACGUCAAUAGCUCACAUUCCAAUUGAACACGAUUGGAAAGUUUCGUAUAAGCGCCUCGAAUUUUCUGAAUUAUUGGGAGAAGGUGCCUUUGGCCAAGUUUACAAAGCUAGCCUAAAGCCAAAAAAGAAAACAUCGAAAGUCAAUUCACGUUUCGUAGCCGUAAAGCAGCUAAAAGAUGGCGCAAGCGAUGAAGAAGUUAUCGAAUUGGUUAAAGAAAUAGAGACCAUGAAAUCUUUAGGCCAUCAUAAGAAUGUUUUAUCUUUUAUUGGUCAAGUAACCGACGGUGGAAAGCUAUUAAUGGUUAUGGAAUAUGCACCGUACGGAAAUCUUCAAGAAUUUAUGAGGAAUCGCCGACCUCAUUUAACUACUGAACAACCUGUUGAGCAUUUCCCUUAUCUAUGUUACAGAGAUUUAGUUACUUUUGCCAGAGACAUUGCUUGUGCUAUGACGUACUUAGAGAGUGUCGCUUGUCUACAUAGGGAUUUGGCAGCACGAAAUGUUUUAGUAUCUGAUAAAAUGGUGCUGAAAAUCGCUGAUUUUGGGAUGUCGAGAAGAUUAAAUGAAGAAGACACUGAAUUGAAGAACUAUUAUCGAGUGCAUCCUGGCGGUCGAGUACCAGUUCGAUGGAUGCCGCCUGAAGUUCUUACAGAAGGCCGCUUUACUUUCAAAGCAGACGUGUGGUCGUAUGGUGUAGUUUUAUGGGAGAUUGGAACACUGGGAGGUAAUCCUUUCUCCGACGUUGAGCCUUCUCAAUUAGCGCACGAAUUGCUUCGGGGUAGAACGCUGACCGCUUCUCCCUAUGUUGCACCCUACUUGUGUCAGACAAUGUCCAAUUUAUUAAGUGAUUGCCUUAAUAUAGACGAAAAAAUGCGUCCGUGUUUCAGGGAACUUUUGCACAAAACUGAUUACUUAUUAGAAAGUUUAAACGGCCAUUCUGGAUAUAUGAAUGUUGAUGGACCAAUUCGUUCUCCUUCUCCAGAUAGUCAGUGCUUUUCAGCUGGUACUCCUUCCCCACCUUACGAUGAGACGACAAACGCCUCUAUUUAA